AUGCACUGAUAAUCGAGCAAAUACAAAAAUUAAUAGAUGAAGUCAUUGGUUAAUAGAUGAAUUCAUUUUUGUCAAGAUGUUUUUGUCUAUUAAUUUUGUAUUUGUUCGGUGCAAAGUUCACAUCGGCCUCAAGGUAAGUUUAGAUUUAUUAAAUUUGCAAAGUUUACAUCGGCCUCAAGGUAAGUUUGAUUUGUGAAAUUUUAAUUCAAGUUUAGAUUUAUGAGAUUUUAACCUUUUUUGAUGAUAAUUAUUUGUUUCUUUUUGGUGAAUGUUUGGUUCAAUCUUAAAAAUGGGGCCUCAUAAACAAUUAGAUCUAUGAAAUUUAGUAGGCGUUUGGACAUGAAAAUCAAAAUUUUUUCACUUUACUUGGAAUUUUUAAGUUAAAUUGUGCUUGUGUUUAUAGGUUUUAUGACCAAACAUCGAUAGUUUGAAUAAAGUGAAUUAUUUUCCAGAAAAUAGUGAAAAAUUGAUUCUUAGAUCUACAGAAUUGGGAACUUUUUCUGUUAUGAUUUUGCUUUUAACCCUAAAAUAAAAAUGAAUCCAUAUAAAAACACUUUUAAAAUUUUUAUGGGUUUAAAGAUUUUUAUGACUGCCCCAGAACCCACACCCGAGAACACAAAUAUGGUUGGCCCAUACCCGAGAGUUUCACGUUCUUUCACUCAAAACCCUUCCCCUACACUCACGUUCUUUCACUCAAAACCCUUUCCCCCACUCACGUUCUUUCUCUCAAAACCCUUUCCCCCACUGUCUUCCAUGUUUCACAUUUUUUAAAUCAAAACCCUUUCCCCCUGUUACUGUACUCCACUUUCUUCUAGCAAUGGCGUCUAGAGCUCCUUCCGCCAUUUUUUCCUGUCCACCCUGUAACGCAUAUGGUUUAGCGUGCGAGUCGACUGAUUGUGUUCUGUUCCGUGUGUUUCUGGAUUCAAACAAUGAAUGCUUCCAAACAUUAAUGAAGUUUUAUAAGAAGCCUCAGCUGGUGAUAAUGCUCAACACUCUGUUGCGUAUUGGGGAUGUUAUAGGUGAUUCCAAAUUCGCAUUGGAAUGGGCUGAGUUGCUGGCUAUCCAAAUCAGGGCUAUUAAGCAGCUUAAUAUACAAUCUGGGAAUGCGUUGAAUCGGAUCAAUGCCAUUGAAAUGGCUAUUGAGCAGCUUAAUAUACAAUCUGGGAACGCCUUGAAUCGGCUCAAUGCCAUUGAGAUAAAUUUUGAUGCUUUUAGAAAUGUACAAGGAGCACGCAAUAUCAAUCUCAUCGAAUCAGAUGAUCCGCAAAGAAGGUUCAUGGCACAAUUCGGUCAACGCAUGGCAAUUGAAAUUGACGACUAUAAUUUUUUUGCUGCGAGACAAAGCAGUUUAAAUCUGAUAUUACUUCAGAUAUUGGCACAAUUAAAUGGGCAUGUUUAUAUACUUUUCUUUUAAAGAUUCUAUUGUUACACAUUCCUAAAAUUCCGCCUCAGCAACUUUAACCACGACUGAUAACCUCUUAUCUGUUGUUAUAGGCGAAUAACUCAUCUGGAGAGGAGGGGGGGGGG